ACGUCUUUCGAAGCGAUUUCGUGCAGAAGUGCAGUAGUGUGUCGUUGACCAUCGCCGCGGCCGCUCUACCUCGGUAACGAGGUACGACAUCGGUCUCGUCUCUCCUCUCUCAUCUCACGCGCGCGAUUUCUAUUCCAUUUUUUCCCCCCCUUCGUUUUCCCUGCCUUUUCUACCGGCCCGGCCACCAUCGGCAAACAAGUCAGAUCGCUCUGCUCGAUGUUACAUUGACACUUUUCCCCGGAUAUUUGUGACGCGCAGUCGAACGCUGACGUCUUUUCUUCUUUUUUUCCUCUCGUGUUAUUCGCCGCACCAGGUGAACGACCUUCUCGUACGCGGCCAGAGUGAUGGUCGGCGCCUUUUAGAGCAACACCCGUCUCGGGCGCAGAUUUCCCGAAUGACAACGUCCAGUCCCGGAACUUUUUAAGAAUUAAUAGAAAGAGAGAGAGAGAGAGAGAGAGAGAGAGAGGGGAGAGGAAGACAGACUGGAUUGAUCGUACUUGAAAGAAGAUACCGUGGAACCGCCAUGUACUCGAUUCUACUGCUAACGAGAUCCGCUCGGCUCGGCAAUACAUCACAAAGACUGACCUCGUCGUUCAUGGGACCGCGCUUUCCGCGGCUAACAAGUAAUGGCAUGUCGCAAGGGUACGUGCGAAGGGAGCUGCAAACAUCGGACAGACCGCGAAGGCAACAAACCUUUGCGGAACGCAGCGAAUUGCAAUACGCUCGGCGACUGGUAAUCAAACUCGGCAGCGCCGUUAUAACGAGGGAGGACGAGCACGGCCUGGCCCUCGGACGUCUCGCGUCUAUCGUGGAGCAAGUGGCCGAAUGUCAGAUCGACGGGCGCGAAUGCAUCAUGGUGACCAGCGGGGCGGUCGCCUUUGGCAAGCAGAAGCUCACCCAGGAGCUUCUGAUGUCCAUGUCAAUGCGAGAGACCCUGAGCCCCACGGAUCACACGCGGGAACACGCAGGAACUAUGUUGGAACCUAGAGCAGCCGCCGCGGUGGGUCAGUCAGGCCUGAUGUCCCUCUACGACGCGAUGUUCGCCCAGUACGGAGUCAAAAUCGCCCAGGUGCUGGUGACCAAGCCGGACUUUUACAACGAAGAGACGCGAAAGAAUCUGUUCAGCACGCUGAGCGAACUGAUCAGCCUGAACAUCGUGCCGAUCAUCAACACGAACGACGCGGUGUCCCCGCCACCGCAUGUCGACGAGGAGGUCGCCGGCGGCGGCGGCAGACGCGGAAUAUCCAUUAAGGACAACGACUCCCUGGCGGCUAUGCUUGCGGCCGAGGUCCAAUCGGACUUGUUGGUCCUCAUGAGCGACGUUGACGGCAUAUACAAUCUACCACCCUGGCAGGACGGCGCCAAGAUGCUGCACACCUUCAGCUCUGAUCUGAGAGGUACCAUCAAAUUUGGGCAGAAGUCGAAGGUGGGCACAGGUGGCAUGGACUCGAAAGUCAACGCCGCGCUCUGGGCAAUGGACCGUGGCGUUGCGGUGGUUAUUUGCAACGGCACGCAGGAGAAGGCUAUUAAGAGCAUCAUGUCGGGCAGGAAGAUCGGAACGUUCUUCACGCAGGCUACCGGCUCGUCCACUCCUGUCGAAGUGGUCGCCGAAAAUGCCCGCCUCGGCAGUAGAACGCUGCAGGCGUUACGCCCGGAGGAACGAGCCGAGUGCAUCAAGGUCCUCGCGAGUUUGCUCGAGUCCAGACAAGCCGAUAUUCUCGCGGCGAACGCGCUGGAUAUGGAGGCCGCGAGUAAGAAGAAUCUGGCGAAGGCCCUGCUGUCGCGGCUGUCUCUAACGCCGGCGAAGCUCAAGUCUCUGAGUUCCGGUCUGCAUCAGAUCGCGGACGAUUCGCUGAACAAUGUAGGUCGCGUGCUCCGUAGGACCAGAUUGGCCGACAGUCUGGAAUUGCAACAGAUAACGGUGCCCAUCGGGGUGUUGCUGGUCAUCUUCGAAUCCAGGCCGGACAGCCUGCCUCAGGUAGCCGCCCUGGCCAUGUCCAGCGCCAACGGGCUGCUCCUGAAGGGCGGCAAGGAAGCCGCCCACAGCAACAAGUAUCUGAUGAUGCUCGUGAAGGAGGCACUGGACAAGUUCGGCGCAUCGAACGCUAUCUCGCUGGUGUCCACGAGGGAGGAUGUGGGCGAUCUUCUUGCGAUGGAGAAACACAUAGAUCUCAUCAUCCCCCGCGGUAGCUCGGACUUGGUCCGCACGAUUCAGGAGCAAUCCAAGCACAUACCCGUCUUGGGACAUGCCGAGGGUAUCUGUCACGUUUACAUCGACAAGGACGCGGAUGUAGCGAAGGCCAUGAAGAUCAUCAAGGACUCCAAGUGCGAUUAUCCCGCCGCGUGCAACGCUAUGGAGACGUUGCUGAUACACGAGAGUCUCAUGAGCGGCAGCUUCUUCAGCGACCUGUGCAGUAUGUUGCAUAAAGAAGGGGUGAAAAUCAAUUCCGGUCCAAAGCUAAGAAAGUUAUUGACCUUCGGUCCGCCCGCCGCCAAAAGCAUGCGAACCGAAUACGGCGCACUCGAAUGCACUAUAGAAGUAGUUACGGAUGUCGACGACGCCAUUAGUCAUAUUCAUAAAUACGGUAGCAGUCACACCGACGCUAUUGUCACCGAGGAGACCAGCACAGCGAUGCAUUUUCAGAGAGAGGUAGACAGCGCGUGUGUAUUCCAUAACGCCAGCACCAGAUUUGCAGACGGCUACAGAUUCGGACUUGGCGCGGAGGUCGGUAUUUCCACGACACGAAUCCACGCCCGUGGUCCGGUGGGAGUGGAUGGGCUGUUAACAACGAAAUGGAUGUUGAAAGGCGACGGACACGCGGCCGCGGAUUUCGCUGAAGGAGGCAAUAGAACUUGGCUUCACCAAUCCUUACCUCUCACAGAAUCAGCAUGAACCUACCACUUUGAACUUUGUGAUCUCGGGUUGGCUAGAAUCGUUCGCCAUUAAACGCUGUAAACGAGCUUCCUUAAGAAUGAAAAAUACGAUACAUAUCGGAUAUCGAGAGAUAUCAAGAUCGAAACAAACUCUGGCGCGAUAGACUACGAAUAAAUCAAAUAAAGUAACUUUUCUAAAAA